AUGAGUUUUCUUUAUUCUGAACAACAAUCUAUGAGUAGAAUAUUGUUGGUCUUGGUCGUUUAUAAUGAUGUCGAACGCUUGUGUCGGUUAGUACUAUACGCCAUUGAUGCCUCGGACACAAAUAACAUAACCAUAGAGAAAAUCAGUAGGCUACCGCUUGAAAAACAUACUCCGUCACCUUUACUUCUUAUACCAUUAAACUUCCAACCUGAAUCGUUCUUGCUUAUUACGGAACAAGAGGCCUGCUUACUAACAGCGGAUGAUUUGAGUUGUGGCAAUGUUUUUUAUCCAACAAGAUUAUUACCCAGAUCGUUUGGAGAGUUUGACUGGUCUAAUAAUAAAAACAGGUGCUUUAUUUACUGCAUUCGCUGCACAUCCGGAAAGGUAGAGAUAGAAAAUACUGGAGAAAUAUACUGGCAUUGUGCUGGGAAUGUAAACCCAAUAGGACAAACGAUGUGUGUAGUAGGAACUUUGAAUGUAAUAGAACACGAUAAUGAUGAACGAGAAGGAGAUGUACUGCUGUAUGCUGGAGAGGGGGCUGAUAAUGAGGUUAUUGCGGUAGCUAUCGCUUUGAUAACCCUUCAAAUUCUGGACAAUUUUGCACCGCUGACUGAUAUGAAUGUGGUGCGCGACGAUGGGCACGAAGACACUCUCAUUUUUUGCAGUGGUUGCGACACACACGGCUCUUUGCGAAUCAUCAAUCAUGGAGUUGAAACCUUUAAGCUUCAGUCUUCCAAACCGGAUUGGAAAGGAAUGUAUCGCACAUGGUCCUCUUACUCAAAAUUAUCGUUGGGUUCUUUGGGAGAAAGAUAUAUAUUGCUUUCGUCAUUGGUAGACACGCGAUUGUUAGCUACAAAAGGUUAG